CUCGAAGUUCGAGUAGGAAAAGGAACUCGGCUUGUGCUCUUCAUCGAGCAACGAGUGUUGGGUGCAAUGCCGCGCAAGUCGUUAUUGAAGUUCCAUACCUUGAAGAAGCCGAAAAUCCGACAAUCCUGGUCAAAGAUCAAUCUCUACAACCUCUCUCGCCUAUCCACCCCUGCCGCCGCCACCAAGACCUUCUUUCAGCAGAAAUGGCUGGCCAAAUCGAUGACUCGUGGGUAUCAUCACCCGCAAAUCAAAGAGAAGCAUUGGACGCGGAUGUUCGAUAGAAGACUGCCCGCCGUGGUGCCCAUGGACUAUCAGUAUCUUGCGCAAACGGAUGGCAGCGAAAUGGCACUCGGAAGAGGAGGAGGUUUAGACAAGGAAGCGGAUCAGGUCCACGCGAGGGACAGCCGGCGGCGAUUGAAGACCCCAUAUAUGCACAUGACCUUUCAUCCAUUGGAGCGCAGACUGGACACGGCGAUAUGGCGCGCUCUGUUUGCUUCAUCAACAAGACAAGCGCGGCAGUUUGUAGUCCACGGCGGGGUCAAGGUCAAUGGGAAGCGAAUGUUACACCCGGGCUACCGACUAAAUCCUGGUGACAUGUUCCAAGUCGAUCCCGACAAGGUCAUGUACGCCACUGGUGCGAGGAAGGCGAAAAAGACCGGCGCCAUGUCUACACAGGAUUUGGCGGAUUUGAAGGAGCAACGCCGACGCGAAGAAGCUGCCAAAGCGCAAGAGACGGAGGCUGGUGCGGAUACAGCAGAGUUGGACGAAGAUUUGGAGGCCAUGGCGGCGAAGCCAGAAGAGCAGGAAGAUCCAAAGGCGGCGUUGAAGUUGCUGUCGAUGCGAGCGUCCCGUAUACUGGAUUCCAAGCGCGACCUAUCGGGGAAGCGGCGGCAAGAGCUUCGGGAAUUUUCGCGGACGGUGCGCAAAACGCUGUCCAAAUUGCGUGGAAUUGAAGAGGAGCAGGUUGAAGAGACCAUUGAUGGUCUCGAGCUCGGACUGGCGGAAAUACUGUCAAAGGUUCCACAGGACAGCCUCCCAAAGGACGAAGCGGCUGCGUUGGACAGCGCACGUGCGGCCGCCGAACAAGACCAAGCAACAGAGGAGCAAGCAGUUGACGACACUCGCACACGCAGAGACGCCGAGCUCCUCCACGCCGCACUCGAACGCGCGCGAGAGAACCCCAUUGACGCUUCGAAGCCCUAUGCUACGCCGUGGAAGCCGCGGGAGUUCAUGUCUGCGUUCGCCUUCAUCCCGCGGUACCUGGAGGUCAAUCAGAACAUUUGCUCGGCCGUCUAUCUGCGACACCCGGUAGCUCGGCCGGGUCUGGCUGAAGUGCCCACGCCGUUCCACGGCGAAACGAUGGGGUUGACCUUCAACUGGUAUCUGAAGAGGCGAUAGACAUUGUAGAAUAAAAUAUACUCUGUACUCUACUCUGUGUGUUUAAUAUCCUCAGUGCCGAGAUCGGCAAUAUCAACUGAAUGACACUUAAGCUUGUCAUUUUAAAGAUCGAG